AUGAUUUUAUCAGCACGGAAAAGCAGCUCUCCAGAAAUGGAAGAGAAGGUGAAGAAAUUAAAACGGAAAAAUGCUGAGUUGGCUGUAAUUGCUAAACGUCUUGAGGAAAAAGCAAGGAAACUUCAGGAGGCAAAUCUCAAAAUGGUGAAUACUCCUAUGCUGCUUAGGGGCGCCACUGUGGAACAGUACAAGAAAGCAUUUGCCAGACAGCGUGCUAGAGACCUCAUGGAGCAUGCAGAAGUGAUGCUUGCAAAAGAUAAAGAGAUUAGUGCUCUGAAGGAAGAGUGCAGGGAACUACAGGCCAAGAUUGGAAGUGAAAAGAACCAUGUAGACUGGCAAAGUUGGAGUAACUUUGAACGGCUGCUAAGAGAAUCGCAAAAAGAAGUGCUGCGCUUACAGAGGCAAUUAGCAGUGGCAGCUUUGAAAAUGUCUUCAAAUGGUAACAGCCAGGAAAAGGAGUGUGAGCUGGCUAAAAAAAGAAAAGAGUGUGACAGCCUCAGCGAGGAAGUUCGAAAGAAACAGAAACGAUGUCAGGAGCUGGAGAUCAAGCUUGAGGAUUUGCAAAGAGAAAAUUACCAACUUUCAACCGAGAAUGCAAAUAUCAACCAACAAGUAGUGCGUGCAAACCAGCUUGAUCUGGAAAAUGAAAACUUGAGGGUGCAGCUCAGUGGAGUGGUAGAAGAACGAGAUUUGGGCCUGCGGGAAAAUCUGCAACUCCACGCCAAACUGGAGAGCCUAGAAGAGGUCCUUAAGCAUAUGCGAGAGGUAGGAGACCGGCGGCAGCAGCUUGAGCUGGAACAUCAGGAAGCCCUGACUGUACUCCAUUCCAAGCAAGAUGAGAUCAAAAGACUUCAACAGGCACAGGUGGAAGCCAAGAAAGAACAUGAGAGUGUCGUGCAGCUUUUGGAGGCGCUGGUUCAACUAGUACUACGAAGAGAGCUGGGAAGGGUUCGAGAGCUUGAAGAAAAGUGCCGCAGCCAGAGUGAACAGUUUUGCCUUCUGUCACAGGAGUUGGAACGUUUUCGGGUGCAGGCAGGAAGGAUUGACUUUCUAAGUUCAUCUUUGGCUUCUGGGGCUUCUGGGUCAAUGGCAGUAUUAAAUUCCUCUCAUGUUGAUCUUCAGAACAAAAAAGAACCAUCAGAGAAAGAGGUAACAGAGGUUAAUUCCUGUUCAGAUCCUCCUGCAGAAGAAAACGUUGGUGAUGUCUCAUCUGUCCAAAUGAACUCAGAAAAUCUUCUGAUCCAUCAAAUAUCAGCCAGUGAAGAAGAGGCAAAGCAAAAUUCAGCCUUAGCAGAGGAAAAUCAGACAUCAGCGAUUCAACAGAAUGAAACAAAACAGAAUGACAUGAAAGUUAAAUCACCACAGAGUACUUCAAAAUCCUGCUCUACUCCAGAGGUGGAUACUGCAAGUGAAGUGGAAGAGCUUGAAAUUGAUACUGUGUCAUCAGUCCCAGAGUCAGAGUUUCGUGCACCUGCCAAACUGCAAGUCUUCAUUGCACGAUACAGCUAUGAUCCUUUUGAUGGCCCUAAUGAAAAUCCAGAGGCUGAACUUCCCCUCACUGCAGGAGAAUACAUCUAUGUAUAUGGAGACAUGGAUGAAGAUGGCUUUUAUGAAGGUGAAUUGAUGGAUGGUAGGAGAGGUCUUGUUCCAUCUAAUUUUAUCGAGCGCGUUUCUGAUGAUGAUCUCAUGACUUUCCAUCCACCUGAAGUUAAUGACCUGUCUCACAGUUCAUUCCAUGAAGUCAGCUUCCAUAGCAGUGAGCGCAGUCUCCAACUGAGUAAUAGCAGUAGAGAAAAGAGUGAUACAUCUCUGCUAAGUGAGGAAGAAGAUCCUAUGCAUGUUAGAUCUGAGACUUUACUGACAAAUGGCACUGAGGUGGAUGGGGAAGAGUCUGGAAAUGAUGUUGUGCCUUACCCCAGGAGUCUGACAGUUAUUAAACAACUUGCCAAGAGCAUAAUAGUGAGUUGGGAACCACCAGUUGUACUGGCUAGUUGGGGAAGUGUUUGGAGUUACAACAUAUACGUGGACAAAGAAAUGCGAAUGAAUGUAAAGUUUGGGACUCAGACUAAAGCUGUAAUUGAAAGACUAGAAUUAAGUCUGAAAACUUACCGAAUUUCAGUGCAAAGUGUAACUGAGAAAGGGAACUCUGAUGAGUUAAGCUGCAGUAUUCUUGUUGGGCGGGAUGUAUCCAUAGCACCAUCUCAGCUUAAAAUUAAGAACGUGACAGCAACAUCAGCAGACGUUACUUGGUUGCCAAGCAAUAGCAAUUACACUCAUGUUAUCUUCCUCAAUGAUGAGGAAUAUGAUACAGUAAGGACAGGAAAGUACACUUACUCCUUACGAAAUCUGAGGCCUAACACAAGGUAUAGAUUAAAAGUGCAGGCACGACCUCAUCGUGUACCUUGGGAAUUGCCUCCUGACAAGAGGGAACGUAAAGUAACAUUGGUGCAUUUUACCACCUUAACAGCAGGUCCACCUGAUGCACCUCUUGAUUUGCAGCUAGAGAUGGGCCCUUCACCAGGAAUUGUACUGAUUAGCUGGUUACCAGUGACCAUUGAUGCUGCUGGAACUUCAAAUGGAGUGAGAGUCACUGGUUAUGCUAUCUUUGCUGAUGGGCAUAAGGUACUGGAAAUUUCAUCUCCAACUGCUGGAAGUGUUGCUGUGGGACCAUCUCAAAUCCACUUGUUGCAUAUGUCGAAGGAACUCACUGUGAGGACAAUGUCUGCCUAUGGAGAAUCUGUAGAUUCUGAACCUUUGCAGAUUCCCCCAGCACUUAACAUUAUGCCUUGCCCAGCAGUGACUCAUUCGUUCAGUAGUGCCAGUACUUAUUCUCCUCUCCUUAAUAGUCACUUGGUUCCAUGUCAGAAAGUAACAAACUCAGUAUCUGUCAGAACUUCUGUGGCUCGCCAGACAUUAUCACCUUCUUCUCAAUUUACAGUGCCAAAUGUAAAUACUUGCCUUGAUGCCAACCUUACUGCUGUUGCCAACGUCAGUCAUAACAGUCCACUAGAUCUGUCUUUUGCUGCAUUAUCCUGUAGCCCUCAGUCACCAGUCUUCACUUCUAAGAGUCCUUUGUUAAACACUUCUGAAGAGGAGCUAUGCAGAAUCUCUCAGAAUUCACAGGCACAGUCAGAUUUCACUAGAGCUGGAACCUACUUUGGCAGAGAUGAUAACGUUCCACUUCUACUAGGCAAUGCUAUUGUUUCAAGGACCACUUUACAUUGUGGAUUUACAGCUGGAUUAUCUGAAGAUGCACUCAAACAGAAGGACAAGUUGUUUUCAUUGACUGGCAAAGAACAUUUAGAUAGCGGAUCAUUUGGUUCUGGCAAAGAUUUACAUCCUUCUGCUGUGGUACAUCCAUCCGCUUGUGAUGCUCAUAUUUCUGAUGAUGCGACUUCCCAAGACACAGGGACGUCAAAUUCUUGUGUUAGUCAGAACCUCAUGAUUACAGAAAGAACUGGUAAAGAUGCUGGUAUUGUGACUGAGUGUCCUACUCAGUCAGUGGAGUUGUCUACCAUAAAUUCAGAUACAGAGAUGCAGCAAGAGUGGAAGGAGGAAGAGGAGGAAGAAGAUAGCUCGUUGGAGAAUAUUCGCAUGGUUUCCUUUGAUGACUUUUUGUCAGAUUUGAAGCAAGGGUCAGCGAUACAAAAUUACACCAAACUGCACAUUCCAGCACCUGGAGAAAGUAGAAAGGUAGAGUGUUAUGAAAAUCCAAAUACAACUAGAAUGAAUGAAGUUUCCUUUCUAGAGAAUGGACUAUUUGCAGUUAUUGACAUGGCUGAUCUUUACACUGUAAUUCCACACAGAUUAGGUUUAGAAUGGUUUGAAAAUGUCAUUUUUGAAUUGGAAUUUUUAACACACAUCGAUUAUCGUAAUAUAGUAGAACUUAUGGAAUUAGUCCUUAAACACAAGAAUGUUCCUAAAUUCUUUUCUACCCUUUCUGCCAAUAUCGGGCGUCAUUCUGAAGAGUCCAAAAGACUUCCCAAAGGAGAUGGCAAGGAAGAAUGUGUUACAGCCCUCCGGUCGCGAGGGUUAUGGGAUGAUGUACUAGAGGAUAUGCUGAACCAGACUAAACCAGAGAAUUGCAUAGACAUUUCUUGGGGAGAGAUAAUGGAGGAAAUCGAAGAGGAAGAGUUGGAGCAUGAGACGUCAGAGACUGAUAGCGAUGAAGAAGUCUUGGAGAAGAUUUUGGAACUCCCACUACACAAGCAGUGCAGCAAGAAACUCUUCAGUAUUCCUGAAGUGACAGAGGAGGAGGAAGAUGAUGAUGAAGAAGACCAAGAAAAUCAAAAACCAGAAGAGGUAACGUGCAAGAGCUCCAGAGAGAACUCUGUUAAAUAUUACUCAGAAGAUAAAGAAAGUACCAAAACAGGUAGUGAUGAAGGCAGUCAGGGUUCUGUAGCAGCUGGCAAUAAUUCUGAUCACAGGAGUUGGUCAUAUGAUAUAAGAGGAGAUGACAAAAGCAAAAAAAGUGACUCAGAAACUAAGGGCAAGCUAUACGGACCAAGCAGGAAAAGUCAGCAGAAAGUAGUGUUGGUUUCUAGCCACACACAAGAUAGUGCCAGUCUACCUCUGUCUACUGCCUCUGAACAAAGCAAAAUUCAUCUGACCAACUGCAUGCCAAAACCUUCUGACUCUAGGGCAGUGAAAAGUCAGAAAGGAGUUUGUGUAAGGGCAACUUCCAUAUCUAGCAAGGCUAGUAGGAAUCAGAGCUGGAACACUUCAAGUCCUAAUGCUAGUAGAAAUUCUGUGAAAGAGACAGUGGCAUUGAAGAGUUCAACAGCUGUGUCUAAUGAAGGGUUCAGUGAAACAAAUGAGAAAUCUAAAAACCGCUGCAGGCAGAGAAUGGAGGUUUCCCCAUCUUCCCAGAAAAAACAAGUGUCUUCACUUGGGAGUCAUAAAGUGGAGACUCCCUACCUGAAUAUCUACAGUGCUAGGAAGCCAAUGAACUCUGAUAUGGAGAUUAGUAUUGAAUAUGAUACAGAAGAGGAAUGGGAUGAAGGUUUAACUGUAACACCAGUGAAGACAUGUAAGUGGGAUAAAGUACCUCAGACAGACUCUGAAGAUGUGAGUGAGUCUUCUACUCACUCAGGAGCUCAUAAACAAGAACUCAAGAAAAAGGAAACUGUGGAAGAUAAUGUGCUUGAAGCAAAUUUUCUGUACUCCCAAAAAGAAAGCACAAAAUCACCAGGAAGAUCUCUUAAUAGCCAUAGUCCAGAAUGCCACAAUCCAGGCAAUAGAUUAAAGCCAUCUUGUACAAAGAAGGAAGUCUCGAAGGAUGGACAACAAUCAAAGGCAGGACCUAAUGAGGACUUGAUACAUUCCGAGUCUCCAACCAGGCAAGAGAUUACUGGAAAUAAAACCAACACUCCUAAAACAUGCCAUAAGGAAAUGAUGGGAACUAAAGGCUUGCAGAAUCAAUUUGUUGAAGCGGAGGAAGGAUCUGAAAUGAAGACUAUAUGUGACAGUAAUGCAGUGAGAAUAUUUGUGGCACUUUUUGAUUAUGAUCCAGUUACCAUGUCACCUAACCCUGAUGCAGCAGAAGAGGAAUUGCCAUUUAAAGAGGGUGAAAUCAUUAAGAUCCAUGGUGAGAAAGAUGCUGAUGGAUUCUACCGUGGCGAGUCCAGAGGUCAGAUUGGCUAUGUCCCAUGUAACAUGGUGUCGGAAAUUCAGGUGGACGAUGAAGAAAUGCGUGAGCAGUUACUAGAGCAUGGUUGCAUCCCUGCUGACACACCCAUAGACAAAAUAGGCAGCAGCACGCAUUCUCAGCCACCACGCCGCCCCAUCCCACCUCAGAAACCCAAGCGGUCCAAGAAAGAGUGGAGUUUGCCUACCCGACAACCUCAGACACCGACACGUAGGACAAUGGUUGCCAUUUUUGAUUAUGACCCACGAGAGAGCUCUCCAAAUAUGGAUAUUGAGGCUGAGUUAACGUUUAGUGCUGGAGAUGUUAUUGUUGUGCUUGGUGAGAUGGAUGACGACGGAUUUUACUAUGGUGAACUGAAUGGGCAGAGAGGUUUAGUGCCAUCUAAUUUUCUGGAACCAGCCCCUGCAAGCACAGGAAAUGCAGUAGGGUUAAUAAGGAGCCCACACAGAGCUGGCAAGGAGCAGGGCGAACUGAAUGGGCAGAGAGGUUUAGUACUAUCUACUUUCCUGGAAUCAGUCCCUACGAGCACAGUAAAUACAAGAGAGAUAAUGAGAAGCCCACACAGUGCUGGCAAGGAGCAGGGGGAAAUGAAUGAGCAGAGAGCCUUUGUACCAUCUAACUUUCUAGAACAAGCCCCUUCCAGCACAGAAAGUACAGCAGGGUUAAUGAGGAGCCCACACCAAACUGUAAAGGAAGAGGUGACUCUGGAAGUUUCUGAAAAACACCACGAAUCAGCCCUGAGCUCAUUCGAUGAAACCUUACUUCCAGUCUCUGCAACAGAUCUGACCCCUUUAGGGCUAGGUACUUCUCCGCUGAGUCCAGGAUGUACUGAGAAUCCUGGUCAGGGGAAGAAAAGAAAAAGCUUCUUCUCCAAAGGAAAGAAACUCUUCAAGAAACUAGGCUCCAGCAAGAAAGAAUAGUCAGUAACAAGGGAGAGGACCUCUCUAAAAUGUCAGUAUGCACGAAAGUUUGUGGUAAUCAGCACAUACAUGUUUAACCUAAAACAUGGUUACCAGCGAUAAGGGACAGAUGGCUUACAGUUCUGUUACCACUGCAGUGUUCUGGAUGAAAACCAGAGUACAGGAUUCUAAGUAGGGAGGCAGAUUAAGAUGCAGCAAAAGUUAAAUUAAGAACAGUAUUCACACUGCUUCAAUCCUUCAUACAGAGUUGAAGGAGAAAGCUGUUACAGGAGGCUGUUCUACUGCUACCUAGGCCACACCAUCAUAUGGAUAUACAGAACUUUGCCUUCAGUGAUUGUGUAAUGUAGCACCUGUUACCCUUCCUUUCUUUGAGACAUAUCCUGCCAGUAUAAUUUGUUUCUAGCCAAGGACCAGAUAGCUUUGUUUUUGUUAACUAGUGUGUGUUUCGUGAUCUGGGCAAUAGGAUUAUAUUCUUAAACAACAGUAAAUGGCUAGCCCAUUUCAGUGGACAUUUCCAUCACUGCCAGUUUGAGCUUUUUUCUUCUUCCUUUUUUUUCUAAGAUGACUAUAAGACUGUUGAUGCAGGUAAACAAGGUUGAAAUAAUUAUGUAAUUAAUUAUGAAACUGGUACUGUGAAUCUGUGUUUCUGGCAUAUUCCAGUAACUCUGCAUUUUGUCCUUUUCCAGCAUUUCCAGAUGCUCAUUAGAUCACUUGUUGCAGUAGUUUAAGUUAUAUGGGACAUAUGCUGCCAAGAAUCAGACAUCUGGCCAGCUUCCAAAGCUUAAGGGCAUCUUCCACACACACAUACUACCAGCAGAGCUCGAGACUAACUUUGUAUAAGAUAGACAUAUAAGCACCAAAAUUUUGUUGCCAAAGGAGCUAGCAAGCGUCUCCUAUAGCUCUGAGUUUGUAGGUUGUCACUCAUCUAGUUAUUACAAAGUGGGCAGGUAAGUACCCCAUUGUGGACUGCCUUACACUUUUUCUGUCAGAAUCUGUGUCUAGGAGAAAGGGAAACUGUUUGUGUGGAUGACAAAUACUAAUAUAAAGAUCACCUUAUGUCUACUGUGUUUAGGAGAAGACCACGUUGAUCAGGCAAACAAAUCUGUUCAUCUUUCAACCCCCCCCCAAGACCCUUAAAAGUAGGCAUAGUUCCCUCAUUUCAUUUAGAGAACAUAAAAGUAAAAGCUCUUACUAGCAGUAUUCAUGGAGGAGGAUUACAGCUCCUCAGAAAUUCCUUCUCCAGUCCCAAAGAAAAGUUUGGUCUCUUCUCCAGCUUCUGUGUUGCCAAAGUGGAGUCAUCACUCAAAGGCUUAGCCCAUCUGAAAGUCUUCAGAUCAUCUUUUGUUUCCUCUUGACCCCUCUAGGGUUGCCUGUCAUGAGGCUGCUAAAGACUAAGGUUAGCAUGUCCUCCAAGGCCACUUAAGCAUCAGCAGGGGAGAACCACUUCCUAAGGAAUCAGAAGAGAAAACAGACAUUAUUGCCUGUCAGGACCAUACUAAGGAGUUAGAUUCCUGGGGAUGACCAGAUGUCUAAGAUCUUUUUCAGUGACACUUCCAUGGAAAGGAGCACAAAAUAAAACACAUAUCUGCUCCAGUGUUCAUUACAGUGAAAGAAACUAAUGAUUGACUAGGAUUUGGUGAAAUGUCAGUCUUUACAGUCUGGAAUUUGAAAAAGGAAAAGAUCUCCUUUCCCAUAAGAUUCCAAAUCUGAAUUGGAUGUAUAGGAAAUAGCAUUGGACUAUGCCUCUCCAUUGUCUACUCUGAAAAAUUGGGAAUCUGAACCAGAAGAAAACAUUUCCACUGAGACUCCUGCUGAGUUGAUCUUUUCAGAGACUAUUAGCAAGAUGAAAGACCUUUUUAAUUGGGAACAAAAAGAAAUCAGAAACUAGUCAGAUUAUGAUUCAUUGCAGAUGGAUGCCCCCUCAGCCUACAGCUAUUUCUACUGUUCUGCCAGCUUUGCAGGAUGCCUUCCUUCUAGCUGGUGCUUUGUCUGGCAGUAUCUUCCAGCACCAGUGAAGUCAGACAAAUUAUAUAAAGUGCCUCAAAUUCAUAAAUUUCUGUUUAGAAAUCCCACAGCAGAUACUUCUUUGGUCUCUUGAUUAAAACCCCUUAUGGCAGUCUGGCCUUUUUCAUUUGAUAGGAAUGGCAGAGAUUUUGAUCAGUUUGGAAACAAGGUAUAUUCUGUUUCCACUAUAGCUUUUAGAGCAGUGAACUCUCAAGCGCAUGUCUAAAUUUUUGUUGGCUUCAUUUGGCAAAUUGAGAUCUUACUCAUCAAGACUUUUUUAUAUUCCCUUCUUUCAUUUGUCACAGGUAAUCAAACAGUUGCUUAAUGUUCUUAUAGUAUGGCUGAUGCAGUGUCUAUGGCAGCUACCAGUUAUUCAGUAAUGAGAAAGUUUGCUUGGCUACAUCACAAAGCUUGCCAAAAGAGGCAAAGGCUAUUUGGGUGUUACUCUGUAGCAGCAGACACAAGGAGAAUGCUCAUUCAGGACACAUCUCAAAUAUUUUGGUCCUUCAUUCCUAAACACCAAUGAACUUUCCAACUAUUUCAGGUUCCAUCUGCAGGAAGGAAUACAAGCAGUCAUUUAGAAAACAGUGGCAAGGAGGUGUAAAGCAUAAAUUAGGUCCUCCCAAGACAAAAGGCAUCUUCCAUCAACUCAUGCCAGCAACCUUGGCAAUGCUAUAUAGCCUUCUCAAAUUCUGAACUUUCACUUCCCUCUUUGGCACCAGAUCACAGCACACACAUCUGACAAUAAUUUCAGAAAGGUUACAGCUGAUAGUGGGACUUCCCCUUCAUGGGAUUCCUUCUCAACCAACAAUACUGUUUUUUCCUAUUCUGGACCAUAUUUUGUCUUUGGGAUCCAUAGAGCCUGUUCCUUCAGAUCAGUUAGGAAAAGACUUUUAUUCAAAGUUUUUUUUCCUGGUGUCAAACAAUGAAGGAACUUGGAGACCCACUUUGGAUCUUUAAUUUCUAAAUCAUUACAAAAACAAAUGUACAGAUUUACGUAUCACUCAUUGCUUUUCAUCGUUUCUUAGUAACUCUGGAUCUGGAAAUGCAUAUCAUUGCAUUCCUAUUUUCAAAUAUUUCAUUUUUUCUGUCUGUUUUUUACUUUCAGUUUUCUUUGCCUUUUGGGUUAUGUAAGGCUCCAAGAAUAUUUACAAAGUGUCUACCCUCUAGUAGCCCAUUGUAGAUUACAGGGAGUACAUAUUUUUAUCACAUUUUAGACAGUCUUAUCUCCACAGAGUCUUCUUCAACCUGUCUAGAAUCUUUUUUCAUAUUAAACAUAAAAAAUAUUCCUCAACAUAGGAUUUCAGACAAACCUAGAAAAGUCUUCUCCCAUUCUAUCCAAAAGGAUAGUUUUCCUUGGGUGUUUCAAACACCUCUGUUAUGGUGGCAUUUCUUGAAGAAAAAGUGGACUGUUAAAAACAAUUUUUAAUAUGUUCCAGUCAGACUCUCAACAGACAGAAUUUUUUUAUGGGUUCUAGGUUUCAUGGCUUCUACUAUUCUCAUGAUCCUAAUAGCCAGACUGCACAUGAGAAAAAUUCACUGGUUUCUGAAAUCCUUGUGGACGCAGCACCAGCAUCCCCAAACCUUUCAGAUUCCAGUUAUAAGUUUUGUCAAGAGGGAGAUCCACUGGUGAUUGAACCAGUUAUCCCUAAACCCAUGUCUUUCCCAAACUUCUCCAGCUCUUGCCUAGUCUGCGGCCAUAGACACAUUGGAUUUUCCUUGGGAGAUAGUAUCCAAAUGGUCCAGGGUCUAUCAAAACCAAGAGGGCAAGAUGAAACAUAUAAACUUCAAAUAAAUGAUGGCACUGAUCAAUGCACUUACAUUUUUUUUUAAAUAUAUUCCGUAUUCCAGGCCAGGCCCUCUUCUAGUAAUUACAGACAAUACUAUGGGCAUGUGCUUCAUAAACAAAGGUGAAUCAAACCUUACCCCCUUUGCAGACCAACAGUGGUGGUCUGGGAACUGGCAGGUUGCUUAAAUCUUUCAUUUCAGGCUAAUUACAAACCAUUAGAGUAGCAUGUUGUAGCAGACAAGCUGAGCAUGACCAAGACCUCCCCCCCCCACAAAUGGAAGUUACUGCCUAACAAGAAUUUGAUCCUUUUGUGGGAAACUCCUCAAGUAGAUAUGUUUGCCUGCAUUCACAAAGUUUUUCUGCUCCACAACUCCUUGCACAGGGGCUUUGAAUACAGAUGUCUUUUCAUUUCCAUGACAAGGAAUGUUCUUUUUUGCUUGUCCACUUUUUCCCCUAAUAACCAGGGUUCUUCUAAAAGUUUGGAGAGACACUCAAAGGAUAAGACCAGUAACUCCCUUUUGGCCCAUGAAGCAGUGGUUCUCCCUUCACUUAAAAAUGGCUAGGGGAAGUUACCACAAACUUUCUCACAGGACAAACUUGCACAAGCUUGGGGGUGUCUUUGAUCCACCCCAACCUUCAACGUGCUGCCGGGAUGAUAGAAUGUGAAUACCAUUUAGGCACCUUUCCUUUAAAGACGUGCAGCAGAUAGCAGGAAAAGAAACUUACUCCUAGAAAAGCAUGCAUGGCUAAAUGGAAAAGAUUUUCUAUUUGGUGCCAAAGCAAGAACCAAAAUCCUUUUAAGGCUCACAUUCCUUUGGUUCAUCAUCUGAGUUAUUGUCCUCUGGCCCAUCUUAUUCUUCCUUCAAGAUGUACCUUUUGACCAUUUCUGCAUGUCUGCCUAUGGCUACUCACUUUUUUCCCCAUCACAAGUGAAACAGUUUCGGAAAGGGGUACCACAUAUAUGUUUACCCAGAAAACAGGUGGCUCCUUUAUGGGGUCUUAAUUUUGUUUUGGAGAAACUUACAAUCUGAUAUUGUCAAUAUUUUGAUUUCCUCCUCACAGAUGGGUUACAGAUCCAAUCAUCGGAUCCAACUCUGCCGUUACUAAGCUCGUGGCAACCAAAGAUACUCUUGGAAGACCUCCCCCCUUACCCACAGUGCAUCUCUCCAUGUUCCCUCAGAUCUCGUUCGUCACUCUGCAAAAGACGUGGUCCUUCCUUAGAGCUUUUGGAUCAUCAGGUCAUAUUGUUUUAAAUUACUGCCUUUUCUUAUUCCCUCUCAACUUUCCGUGUCUUACUGUUGACCUGUUUCUCCCCUUGUUCAAAUAAUUUUCAUACUUUCUUGGUAACUGCCUUUUAUUAGGUUACUUGUUCUUCCCUCUCUCAUUCUCUGCCCUAUAACUGUCCUUUUUAGUAUGUUUUUUCCCUUAUCCCUUACCUGUGGAGGUAGCCUUGACUACUAUCGUUAGUAGUUUUAUCCUCCUCCUUUUUUUCUAUCAAAAAAAAAAAAACUUUCAGCUUAUUCUUCCUUUCAGUUCCUACCUUCUUGUCAUGUCAGACAAACACGACAAAGGCUGCUGACUUUAAAAUAUGCUCUAAAUGCAGACAAAAUCCCGCUUAGUGAUUCACAUGACUUAUGCAUGUAUUGCUUAGGGCAGUGAUGGUGACCCUAUGACAUGUGUGUCAAAGGUGACACAUCAAAAUGUUUUGAGUGAGACACCAGCAUUCACCAAAACACAAGUUACCAAAGAAACGGAAUGAACAAAAAUAUAAGAAAUAUGUGACUCUGUACCACCCAGAGCUUAAAAUGGAUUCUUACUAGCAUUAUCAGCACAUCAUUUGUCAUCACAGCAGCCGUACAAGUUCAGCUGACUUCUAACUGCUGCACAGGAAGCUCAUUUUCAAGGCACAGGUGUGAUAUCUGCAGCUGCAGUCUCCAAAUGAGCACAUUUGUUUGAAUUCAGCUUUUGCAUUCUUUGCUCAUGUGAAGUGCGUUGAAUUAUUUUGUGCCAGGAGCCAGGUCAGCAACACUGCUGCAGAGGUAAGGAAGUUAUUAACCUCAAAGACUAUUUUGGUAUACUGUCUCCAGAGUCUGCAGAAGGCAGUGCUGACAUUUUCUCUUUGUGGUUACAAAGGGCAAGUAGUCUGCAUUUCUAUGUGUGUGGUGUUUUACAUUCCUCCCAAUUGUCCCGCUUAAUUCCUCAUAAAACUGGCUACUUUUUACACUUAAUAAUGAUAAUAAUUAGGCUUAUUUUACUUCAGAAAAUGAUUAUUAAUUCACUUUCCUUUUAUUCUGUUUACGUUUGGAGGGGGGGGGGGCGACAUGCAAGCAGUGUCAAGUUAGAGUAUUUUCUGAAUUUUUGGCAUGCUGAACCCAAAAGGUUCGCUAUCACUGGCUUAAGGCCUCUACAUUUACAGGAGAACUGCUCUAUUUGUCAUUCUUUCAACCACCAUGCUUUGGUUGAAAGAAGGAAUAAACUGAUCUUAAAAAGGAUGCUUCCCUCUGCCUUUGAAGAGGCCAUUUCUGUUUCCCCAGUAAAAUCGGUUUCUAAG